AUGCAAGCCGAAACAACCAGUGACGCCUUCGCUGCUCUGCCCCCUCGCGGCGAAUACCACGAGUUGUUCUCGUCCACCGAUGGCGACGUCGUCUUAGGCUCCAAGGACGGCGUCCUGUUCCGCGUCCACUCCUUCACGCUCAAGACCACCUCGGGCUGGUUCCGUGCGAUGUACUCUCUCCCGCAACGCGCUCUCACGGCGCCCCCAUCCCCGACAACAUCUGACUCGACCACAGAGACCAUCGUGGUCGAUGAAGACGCAGCCACGCUCGAAGGCCUUCUCCGCAUCGUCUCGGGCUUGCCGAUCCCCCGCCUGGACUCGUACGACGUCAUCGAACCACUCCUCCACGCGGCGGAAAAGUACGACAUGGGCGGACCGAUGUCCGUCGUCCGCGCCCUCAUCACCACCCCGCCGCUGCUCACGGACCCGCUCCGACUCUAUACGCUCGCGUGCAGGUAUGGCUGGGAGGACGAAGCGCUGAUGGCCUCGCGCGCGACGCUCCAGCUCAACCUGCACGCGCCCGAGCACCGCCCCACGCUCCAAAAGCUCGGCACGGACGCCGUCCUCGCCCUCUUCGCGCUCCACCGCACCCGGCGCGAGACGCUCCGGCGGCGGCUCGACGACCCGCCGUUCGUGAGCGACACGGGGGACACGAGCUGCUCGAACUGCGGCUCGCUCGUCGACUACCACACCUGGCGCGAGCUCAAGUACGUGAUCAUCAUGGAGAUGGACGCCCGGCCGCAGGGGGACACCGUGCUCGGGCACGGGCUGCUCGAGUGGCCCGCGGCGCGCGCGUGCUGGGCGGCCAAGUGCGUCAACUGCGACCGCGUCCUGUACGACAAGACGCUGACGAUGCGCGUGAUCCGGGAGUGCAUCGAGGCGCUGCCGACGACGAUCGAGUGA